UUGAAAAGUUAGCGAAUUAUAAAGCUUCUUUUACAUUAUAAUUUAUGUUACAUACAAUAACGUAGGUCAUUUCAGUUUUUACAUGUUUAAUGCUUUAUAAAUAAUAAUAGUUGGAGAACUUUGACGUAUUUUUAGGAGUUUUGUAUCAAAUGAGCAAGUAGCGCUGAAACAAUCAAAUAAAGUUCGUGAAGAUGUCUGAAAAAUCCCCACUAUUGCAAAACGAACAACGCAAUUAUGCUCAAGGAAGUCAGUUCGGAGAAAGACUUUUGGAUCUACCAGUACCAACAGCACCACCAACACAAAAUGAAGGACAUCUGGAAGUUGAAAAUGUUCUUCCUCCUCCAUAUUCACCUUACUCUUCAUCCGCAGGUGCAGAAAUACCAAUGAUCCCUUGUAAAGUCUGUCACACAAUGAUUGACAUUCAAGGAAAAUUAAACCAGUUUGUUGUGAAAUGCAAUAACUGCAAUGAGGCAACGCCAAUAAAAAAUGCUCCUCCUGGAAAGAAGUAUGUACGAUGUGUGUGCAAUUGUUUGCUGAUUUGUAAAGCUGAAUCACAGAAAAUCAUUUGCCCCCGACCAAACUGUAAGAGGGUUACCAAUCUGGCAACUCAUACUGUCUCUCAACCAGUUACAUGUAUUCCUGGAAUGUGUAGGAUUUCUUGUGGUCACUGUCACAGCACCUUCUUGUUCAACACCCUGAGUAAUUCAUUGGCAAGAUGUUGUUCCUGCAGAAAAGUCUCCUCAGUGGGUUAUGAGUUUGCGAGAAGAAGAGGAUUCAUUUAUCUACUACUAGCCUUUGUAUUUCUUAUCAUAGCACUUGGGUUAACGAUUGGAACAUAUGAAAUAGCAUCAACUGCUGGUGGAAUUGUUGUUGUUUAUAUAGGAGGAUUUAUUUCCUUUUUUGGAUUUCUUAUCAAAUCUUUAUACUUUUUUACCAUGAAAGUCAGCACAAUUGAGGGUCCAGCUUAAGGACAUCUAUUUUGUAUGGGAAAUUUAUCACAUUCAAAUGUUGGGACAUGUACCACAUACCCUGAUUUUUUGUUUUGUUGCAACUGUAUAUUCAAGUAUAAAUUUUUUUUAUUAAUAAUAAUGUACUGUACUUAAGUAUAUUGAUACAAUCUAGUGUGGUAAUUAGUGUCAUGAAAUAAUGUGAGAAAUGUAUGUAAAGCAAAUUUCAUCACAUAAAAUUGUAAUAGAAUGCAAUUAAUAGUCCUAUAAUACUAAAGUGACUUUUUUGUUUAAAUAUAUUUUGUACUACAUACCCUGAUUUUUUGUUUUGUUGUAAUUAUAUGUUCAAAUGUACAUUUUUGUAAUGAGCAAUAGGUUUUUUUUGUUUGUAGUUAAACACAAAGUUACACAAUGGGCUAUCUGUGCUCUGACCACCACGGGUAUCGAAACCUGGUUUCUAGAGCAACAGUGUGCUGUACUUUAAGUACAUAUCUGUAAAAUUUUGUAUAAUAAUUAAUGUAAUCAAAUAUUGCAGAAAGUAUGCUUAAAGCAUAUUUCAUUACAUAAAUUGUCAUAUGAUACAGUUAAUGGUUCUGUUAAAUUAUGGAUACUUUAAAAUACUAAAGUAAUUUAUUUGUUUAAAAAAGUUCUUAACUAUAUUUUGUCAAUAUUGGAUGCCCAUAAAUGAUCACGAAGUGGUUUAAAAUGUUUGUGUUAUUGUUAUAUACUAAGUUUAUGUUGGGAAGUUAUUUUAAAAUACAAGAUGAAAGAAUUUAUUGUGUGUGGAGGUAAACAGCUUAAACAUUUGAUACUUAAAAUCAUUUACUGAAGUUUUUUUUUAAAAAAAAGAGGCUGAAAUUUGAUGCUUAAUUCCAGAAAAAUUGGGAUUCACAAAUUUAUAUUAUUAUAACCUUAAUUUACAGCAAGAUAAACAUAUUAGCUGCAUGUUUCAAGUAUGAUUUCAGUAUAUUUGAAGUUGUUCUUAUAUUAAUAUUUUUAAUUAUAUUAGAAUACUUAUAAGCUUUAAAAAACAGUUAAAGAUAUAACAACAACAAAGCUAAAUAAUGGGUUAUCUGUGUUAUGCCCACCACGAGUAUCAAAACCUUGUUUUUAGCAUUAUAAACCUUCAGACUUGCUGCUGAGCCACUGGAAGGGCUUAAAGAUAUGAAAAAAAUGUGGUUUGAAUAGGAUGACAUCUUAAGACAUUUCAGUAUGUUUAUUUAUUGUACAUCUUAGCUAAUAGCAGGAAGUUGAACUACUUGUGCUGUUAAUAGGCCAUUUUUAUUAAAGAUAAUACACAAAAUGUUGAAUCACAAAUACUUACUUUUGAGUUUUAUGAAAGUCACUGUAUCUCAGUUGGGUAUUGUAAUCCUUACAUGGAUUAGUAUUUAUCUACUUAUGAAAAUAUUUUUAUUUAUAAUAAACAUAUUCAACAAGGCC